AUGCCACUAAUUUCGUCCAUGGAGCUCGUGUCUAGGUAUUUCGACACCUGGCACACUGUUUUCCCCGUUGUAGAUCGCCCUUCCUUCGAACAGAGUUACAUAGCCAUGCUCGUCGGCCCACAAAACACCGCUAUAAGUUUCAUGAUAGAAAUGCUCCUGGUACUGGCGUUGGCCAACGCGACAUAUCCGCAGGACCAAGCGCAUAUCACUCCAGACAAGGUUGCGCGAUGGCUAGAUCUUGCAUCUGGUCUCCCGACUUCAAGGCCAGAGAGUGGCGAGGUGGAUAUCAAGUCUGUUCGAUUAAUGUCGUUGCUUAAUCUGGCUGAGCAAGUCUUGACCACUGAUACAACCGCAUCCUACAUCAGGUCAGGAAAUAGCGUGCGCAGUGCAAUGACUUUGAGUCUGCACAGGAGCGAGCAUCACGAUGACAACGCCGACUCUGACGAUCGAUCACUCUGGAACGCUAUUGUUGAACUGGAUCAGCACGCCUGUCUGGCUGCCGGCAUGCCGCCUUCUGUUCCUGAACAGACACACUUGGAGGAAACUGUGGCACCUCCGGAGGCAGACGUGCAGCAUGAGCCUGAUCAGGAAAGCCCACGUCAACUUCUCGAAAGAACACUUCCCAUUCGUCACACCAUUCUGGCAGUCCUCAACAACACGAAGCAUCUCAUGUUUGAGCAAGCAGUCGAACUAAGCACUGCACUAACCAAGCUCUUCGCACCAGUAAGCACAUAUCAAGGUCUGCCGCUGGCUCUGCGGACUUUCCAGUAUGAAUACGUCUUCUUCGUCUACCGCCGGUUCAUGUCAACACUGCAUCGUAUCUUCUUCAGCAUGGACGGUGAGCCGGCGUUCUACAUCUUCAGAGGAAUGGCAAUUCGUCAUGCCCGAGGUCACCUGCGCGAAGUGUGCGCCGUCUGGAGAGGAGAACAUACCACCAGCCGAUGGGCAGCUUUGAUUGCCAGCAACGGUGUCAUGUUCCGCAACGAGACCAGACACGCCAUCAUGGUGAUUGCGCUCGAACUGUACAGAGAGGAUGAUGAAGUGCAGUCAAAGCUCUUGUCAGUCGAAGGUGGAAGAGCCGCACUGUUUGAGACUUUCAAGAGCUUUUUCGGCUUCUUAGAACAAAAGGUUCGGGAUAAAGCUGUGCCCGAGAGGCUCUUCUUGAUUCCAGCAAUGGUAUAUGCCCAUAUGCAGAUCUCUGCUCGACAUGGAACCGGUUCCAGUGAGUAUUUUAGGGCUAUGACAGAGGCAGGGGCAGAAGCAGAGAAGUGUCUGGGGAGAAGGUGA